AGGUAGGUCCCUCUGCACAAAGCUGCCGCAGCAACAUCCAAAGUGUUGCCAAGCAAACAUGUCCACCAGGAUCGUCGCCGUCGUCGGCGCUACGGGCGCACAGGGCUCGUCGGUCAUCAAGCACCUGCUGCACGAGCCGGGCUACAAGCUGCGCGCCCUGACGCGCGACCCGUCCAAACCCGCCGCGCAGCAGUUGGCUGCGCAGGGCGUCGAUGUCGUCCAGGCGGACAUGAGCUCAUACGACGACCUCAAGGCCGCCUUCACCGGCGCGCACGCCGUGUACGCAGUCACCAACUUCUGGCAGCACCUCGAUAAGGCCCAGGAGAUCGAGGACGGAAAGCGCCAGGCCCAGGCCGCCAAGGACGCCGGCGUACAGCACUUCAUCUGGUCCACCCUCGACAACGUCGCGGCCGGCUCCCAAGGCAAGUACACCCACGUUGAUCACUUUGACGGCAAGGCCGAGGUCGAGAAGCUACUCCCGUCCAUCGGCAUCAACUACACCUCCGUUCUUCCCGCCGCCUACUGGGAGAACUUCACGUCCAACUUCAAACCGACCAAGGGCGACGAUGGCGUCUACACGCUCACCCUCCCCAUCAGCCCGGAUUCAGUCUACUCAGGCUUCGAAGCGCACGACGACACGGGCAAGUUCGUCAAGGCCAUCAUUAAGGGCGGCGACAAGUUCUACGAUAAGCGCAUUUACAUGUGCUCCGAGGAGCUCCCCUUCGACCAGUUGCUAACGAAGUGGGGCGACAUCCUUGGCGUAAAAACAAGGUGCCAGCAGGUCGACCCGGACACAUGGAAGUCCUUCCUGCCAAAGCAGACCGCCCAGGAGUUUUACGAGAUGCUCGCGUGGUUUCAGGACUUUGGAUACUACAAUCGGGCUGACGUCCAGCCAUCACAGGCCAUCGUCGAGGACAAGCUCACCAAGUGGGCAGACUACGUCAAAAAGGCAGAUUGGAAGUUGUAAUGCAGUAGCAAUCUCUCCAGCGAACACGUUGGGCAGGCAGUUUAAAAUAUAUAAGAAAAAACCGUGCC